AUGUGUGAUACCAACGAUAAUGUCGCCAGCAGCAGCUGCAAGGCGGUUGCCACUGAAGCAAAUUUGAAUGUGAAUGUGAAUGUUGGUCCCAUUGCCAGCGGACACGAUCAAGCUGGUUUCUCGUCCGCUAGACCGAGCUGUGAGGCGCCCAAUACCACCCCACUAGACCCCAUUGCUCCGGCAAAGUGUUCAACACGGAAUGAUCUGAAUGCCGCCGUUACCGAAUCCAAUGACGACUCGGAGCCCGAUGGUGUCACACAGACAGGCACCGAUAUGGAGGAGAUGGAGAGCGUCACCGAAAGCAGUGUCCAAACCGAGAAGCGUAAGGAGUCCAGAUUCAAAAAAUUCAAGCAUAGUGUGGACUACAGUGGCUUGGGCAGACUAAGACAUCUUGUAUCGAAAACAUUUGGCGGCUGGAUAAACUCCGACCGGAACACACCCAAACAGCCACCCAGAUCCAUUUGCGGAUCGAUACCACCGGCCAUUGCCCAGAGACCGCAGGAGGAUCGUGUCAUUACAAAUCUAACGCUAGAUGGCUUGGCUGAGCAUUGGCGUCGAUUUGGAUUCGAGAAUAUUGUCACUAUAGCGGGUGCGGGUAUCACACGAGCCGCCGGCUUGCCCGAUUUCCAAGAAUCAUCCCCUGCCCUUGACCAAUGGCUGCAGAGAUAUGAGCUUCCCAAUGCAAAGAGCGUGUUUGAUCGCGAAUUUUUUAAGCACAAUCCGCGCCCGUUCUUUGCGCUGGCCAAGGAUCUCUGCUCCGGUAAUUUUGUCCCCACCAUGUCCCACUAUUUCUUGCGCCUCCUACACGAAAAAGGCCUCCUUGUCCGUCACUACACCGCCAAUGUCGAUGCCCUCGAGCAUAUGGCUGGGGUGCCGCAUUUAAAAGUACUCGCACAAUAUGGUGCCAUCUUUAACUGUCAUUGUACGCAGUGCCGGAAGUUUUAUUCCCACGACUGGUUGCGCGAACAGUUGGCAGUUCAAGAUGUACCCAGAUGUGAAUACUGCAGAAAUAUCGUUCGGCCCGAUAUCGUCUACUCAGAUCAGCCAUUGCCCCCCGUUUUUCGCACCUGUCCCGAAGUAGACUUUGCCGAAUGCGAUCUAUUGAUUAUUAUGGGCGCCAAUUAUAAUGUCGAACCAUAUACCACACUACUUAAAUGUGUCAGUCCCCGCUGUCUGCGACUUAUAAUCGACACGGAUCCAGCGAAAAAAGAAUUCACCGGUGAAUCUCCGGUGCAUUAUGGCCAAGCAUCCAACACACGGGAUGUCGUCUACCAAGGUGAAUGCGAUGAUGGUAUUACGGAGCUAACGAAGGCCAUUGGCUGGGACAAGCAGUUGCGAGAUCUGAUUAGGUAUGAACGGGAGCGUUUGCGGCGAGAAGCAAAGAAACAGUUGGCGAAACAAACAGCGGCUAACGCAAAUGCAUAUGCAAGAUAG